AGUUCAUAAUUGAAGUAACAGACACAACAACAGAUUCGAGUUCCUGAAUACUUAAACAUACAUAUAAAUCACAUAUAAAUUGUUAUAUGAUGGAACGUAAACGCAAAGUGAACCUUAAACAAGAGGCUCUCGGGGAGGAUAAGCGCAUCAAGCUGGAUGGGAGUGAGGAGCAGGUGAAUCUACUGGACCUGCCCGUUGGCCCAUUGCAUAUGAUCAUCUCGAAGGUGCGUCCGGAGAAGCAGAUGAUCCUGCGCAACGCAUCCAGCAAACUGAGGGUGGAGCACUCCGAGUGCAUGUUGCACAGCUACAAAUCGUUCACCAAUUUGCAUCUGCGCCAAAAUUGUCUCUGCGCCGAGCAGCAGAGGAUACACAACGUGAUGCAGGUGGUGGCCCUCUCGACGGACUUUUUCAUCAGCUCCGGCUACAAUGGCGUACUUGCGGGCAAUCUGAUCUUCUUCUACAAGCAUUUGAAAACUGGCGUGCAGAUCAUCGAUGCCACACACAUGCACAAGUUUCUGCACGAGUUCUACCACAAUGUGGAGGGGACUGUGCCCCAGUGGCCCAACGAGGCUGCAGCGCGCACCGCAUUCAAUCAGCGUCGUUUGAUAUACACGAUGACUCUGCUGAAUCUACUCAGACAAUUUCGCAAUUUUCGCAUCGUUAGCUCUGGCAUGAAUCUGAUGCACUGGCAACUGCAACUGGAGGUGCUGGGCCUGCGUUUUGGCGUACGUGAGAUGGAUGGGCAAACGUCCGAGCAGGACAAACUGGUGGACUUUUUGACGAUUAUAGCCGAAAUGCUUGUGUUUGACAAGUCGCGCACCUACGAAAGUCGCUACACUACAAUUGGCAACAGUUUCUAUAUCUAUGGCAUCAAGCAGCACACAAGGUUGUCCAGGCUGAGCCAGAAGCUGACGCUCAAUCUGAGCAUCCUGGCGCCGUUGGUGGUGCGCGGCCUGCUCGAGAAUGUGCUCAAUGGCCAGGUGGAUAUCGUACGGCCUAUCCACUGUCCAGCCGUCGACACGUUCAGCAUUCAAUUGGAUGUGAAGGGCCGAAAGAUCCCCAUGUGGGAUGGCAGCAAUCACAUGGAGAUCUGCAUCGUUCCACUUCACUAGCUCAACGAUAAUGCAUAUGCACAUAUAUAUGACAGACUAUCAUGUUAGAUGUGUACAAACAUAUAUUAGUUUGUGUAUUUGUUAUGAAUAAACUCGAUUGGAAGAGCUCAAACAAAGAGCACAUCACAUGGCAACCACAAGAAGAUUAUCUUCGGAGAAUUAACAAUUAUCCUA